AAACGGUAAAUCCGGCCGGCACAGCAAGCAUUGACAUCAAUUUCGCAUUGAUUUCGAGUUUGUCAACGUGUUUCACAGCACAGUUACACCGGCACUUUCAGCGUGUUAACACGCACAACAAAAUCCCAUUUUUCCUAGAGGAAUGAUCAAAAUUGUGUAAAUUUUCUGUGAAGUGAUUUUAGCCAAGCCAAAAAGCCAGCAUUCGCAUUCAGAGGACUCGAAGCAGCCACACAUAAACUAAAACCAAACAAUAACUGCCACAAAAUGAGUAAGGCGGAUUCGAACUCGCGUCAGGGCUCCUACAAGUCCAAUACCAUCAACACGCAGGACUCGCGCAUGCGCCGCCAUGAGGUGACCAUCGAGCUGCGCAAGUCCAAGAAGGAGGACCAAAUGUUUAAGCGGCGCAACAUCAACGAUGAGGACCUAACUUCGCCGCUCAAGGAACUGAAUGGCCAGUCGCCGGUGCAGCUGUCCGUGGACGAAAUAGUGGCGGCCAUGAACAGCGAGGAUCAGGAGCGCCAGUUCCUGGGCAUGCAGUCUGCCCGGAAGAUGCUCAGCCGUGAGCGCAAUCCUCCCAUCGACCUAAUGAUUGGCCAUGGCAUCGUGCCCAUUUGCAUACGCUUCCUGCAGAACACAACCAACUCUAUGCUGCAGUUCGAGGCCGCCUGGGCUCUGACCAACAUCGCCUCUGGCACCUCGGAUCAGACGCGCUGUGUCAUUGAACAGAAUGCCGUGCCGCACUUCGUGGCCCUUUUGCAGUCCAAGUCCAUCAACCUGGCUGAGCAGGCUGUUUGGGCCCUGGGCAACAUUGCCGGCGACGGUGCCGCCGCCCGCGACAUUGUCAUUCACCACAACGUGAUCGAUGGCAUCCUGCCACUGAUCAACAACGAGACGCCACUCUCUUUUUUGCGCAACAUCGUCUGGCUGAUGUCGAAUCUGUGCAGGAACAAGAAUCCCUCGCCGCCCUUUGAGCAGGUGAAGCGCCUGCUGCCCGUCUUGUCGCAGCUCCUGCUCAGCCAGGAUAUCCAAGUGUUGGCCGACGCCUGCUGGGCACUGUCCUACGUCACGGACGACGAUAACAGCAAGAUCCAGGCUGUGGUGGACUCGGACGCAGUGCCGCGUCUGGUCAAACUCUUGCAAAUGGACGAGCCGAGCAUCAUUGUGCCAGCCUUGCGCAGCGUUGGCAACAUUGUAACCGGAACAGAUCAACAGACUGACGUGGUUAUUGCAGCUGGAGGAUUGCCCAGGCUAGGACUCCUUCUGCAGCACAACAAGAGCAACAUUGUCAAGGAGGCUGCAUGGACUGUCAGCAACAUCACGGCAGGUAACCAAAAGCAGAUCCAGGCGGUCAUCCAGGCCGGUAUCUUCCAGCAGCUGCGCAACGUGCUUGAGAAAGGAGACUUCAAGGCCCAGAAAGAGGCUGCCUGGGCAGUGACCAACACCACGACGUCGGGCACGCCCGAGCAGAUCGUAGAUCUAAUCGAGAAGUACAAAAUCUUGAAGCCGUUCAUUGAUCUUCUGGACGCAAAGGAUCCGCGUACCAUCAAGGUGGUGCAGACGGGCUUAUCCAAUCUGUUUGCUCUGGCUGAGAAACUCGGUGGCACUGAAAACCUGUGCCUGAUGGUCGAGGAGAUGGGCGGUCUGGACAAGCUGGAGACCUUGCAGCAGCAUGAAAACGAGGAGGUCUACAAAAAGGCCUACGCCAUUAUCGACACUUACUUCAGCAACGCCGACGACGAGGCCGAGCAAGAGUUGGCACCGCAGGAGGUCAACGGGGCCCUCGAGUUCAACGCCACCCAGCCCAAGGCUCCAGAGGGUGGCUACACGUUUUAGGCUAAUCUAAUAACACACCAGAAAUCCAUACGCCUCUCACACGUUUCGUUAACACCUUCGACCGCGCUCACACGUUUUUCCUUUUUUUUUGCCACAAGCUAUGCCAUUGUCAAACGUACACAUUACAUCAGAACAUUCCCAAACUCUUGGAGGCAUGCAUGCAAAGAUAGGCUUAGAUAUUACACACAAAUCGCCUCAAAUCAUUUAUCGGGUUAGCAAAACACAGCUAGUAACCCGCCACUCG